AUGUUUAGUGGAUUUGGCUCGUACUAUGUCGGACAGCGUUUUGAGCAGUUGUUCCGGUGCUAUCCGGUGGCGAUGAUGCCCGAGGGCGUGCGGAAGGACGGGGCGAACUACGGCGGGAAGGUGUUCCUGCCUCCUAGUGCAUUGAAUAGGUUGUCCCUGCUGAACGUGAGCUAUCCGAUGCUGUUUGAGUUCGUUGCGCAGGAGUCCGAACGGGUGACUUACGGUGGGGUGCUCGAGUUUGUGGCGGAGGAGGGCCGCGUGUACUUGCCACAGUGGAUGAUGGAGACUCUGGAGGUACAACCAGGGUCAGUGCUGCGUGUGAGGUCCGCGGAAGUUCCAUUGGGUAAAUUUGUAAAACUGGAACCGCAGUCCGUGGAUUUCCUGGACAUCAGCGACCCUAAGGCUGUGCUCGAGAACGCGCUGCGGACAUUCUCGACACUCACGGUGGGCGACAUUGUAGAGAUCAGCUACAACGAGGCCGUGUACCGCAUCAAGAUCCUCGAGGUCGAGCCGGAUUCCACGAGCCACAGCAUCUGCGUCGUUGAGACCGAUCUAGUGACCGAUUUUGCUCCGCCCGUCGGAUACGUCGAACCGGAGCCCCAGCAGAGGGCAGACCAGGCACAGAAGAAGGGUCCGCGCGGCGGAGAUACUUCAAAGCUGAAAGUUGGGUCCAUGGGGAACAGAAUUGAGUAUGCGAAGACGGUGAUGACCUCCUCUCAGAGCACAAACCGGUUCCAGGGCGAAGGAUCUAAGGUUUCUGGUAAGAAGGCUGCGGAAAGCUCUAGCGGUGCCACGGGCGCCCUUCUAGACGUCGACCUCAAUAGCAUAUCGUUGGACCACGAGCCGCGACGGCUGGACAUCCCGGACGGCCAGCUGUUCUUCGGGUUCCCCGUGGUACCACCUCGUGCCGAGGGUGAGGAAGAGGACGAUACUGACGAGCUCCGGCUGUUCCAGGGCAAGGGCCAGUCGAUACGAAAGAGUGACCGCAAGGGCAAGAAGAAGAAGCGGAAGAGCAUGUGA